CCCGCCCCCUCCCCCAGGCUUCGUUCUGCAACAGGCGUGGGUCACGCUCUCGCUCGCUCGCUCUCUUUCUGCCGCCAUCUUGGUUCCGCGUUCCCCGCACAGAGCCAGACCGGGAUCCUCUCCCUCGGGUUGAGAACGCAGUGGUAAUUGCUUCUGUGUGGGAUUUGGAGUGUGGAAUAAAACGAAUCCCUGGGCACUGGGAAAUCCGCUCUCCGCGGAGUGAAGAGGAGCGAUUAAAAGAAAUGCCCGGUGAAGCCACAGAAACCGUCCCUGCUACAGAGCAGGAGUUGCCACAGCCCCAGGCUGAGACAGGGUCUGGAACAGAAUCUGAUAGUGACGAAUCAGUCCCAGAGCUUGAGGAACAGGAUUCUACACAGGCAACCACACAACAAGCUCAGCUGGCAGCAGCAGCUGAAAUCGAUGAAGAACCAGUCAGUAAAGCAAAACAGAGCCGGAGUGAAAAGAAGGCACGGAAGGCUAUGUCCAAACUGGGUCUUCGACAGGUUACAGGGGUUACUAGAGUCACUAUCCGGAAAUCUAAGAAUAUCCUUUUUGUCAUCACAAAACCAGAUGUGUACAAGAGCCCAGCUUCAGAUACCUACAUUGUUUUUGGGGAAGCCAAGAUUGAGGAUUUAUCUCAACAAGCACAGUUAGCAGCUGCUGAGAAAUUCAAAGUUCAAGGUGAAGCUGUCUCAAACAUCCAAGAAAACACACAGACUCCAACUGUACAAGAGGAGAGUGAAGAGGAAGAGGUUGAUGAAACAGGUGUGGAAGUUAAGGACAUAGAAUUGGUCAUGUCACAAGCAAAUGUGUCGAGAGCAAAGGCAGUCCGAGCCCUGAAGAACAACAGCAAUGAUAUUGUAAAUGCUAUUAUGGAAUUAACAAUGUAACCAUCAGAAAAGAGGACCUUUUUUUGGUGUUUCAAAAGAGUAACUGCAGCUGGGUUUGAAAUUUGUACUGUUUCUAUCAUUAAUAAAGUUAUGGCUUCUUGUUGGAUGAA